AUGAAGGUGUUACUACUUCUUGAUGAUGUCAGUAGUGUUGACCAACUAGAGGCGUUAGCUGGAAAACAUAGUUGGUUUGGUAGUGGGAGCAGAAUAUUAAUCACUACUAGGGAUGAACAUUUGCUAAGAACACACAAGGUAGGCCACAUCUAUCUUGUCAAAUUAUUAUCAGAUGAUGAGGCUAUCCGACUCUUUAAAAUACAUGCAUAUAAUGAAGAAGUCCCUGUAGAAGAUUAUGAAACUUUAUCAUUACGUGUGGUUUCUUAUGCCGCUGGGCUCCCUUUAGCACUUAAAGUUCUAGGUUCUUUUUUAUACGACAAAAAUAAUAGUGAGUGGAUCGGUACCUUGAAGAAGUUGAAAGAAAUCCCAGAUCAUGAGGUCAUGAAUAUUCUCAAAAUUAGUUAUGACGGACUUGAAACUUACCAGAAAGAAUUAUUCUUGGAUAUUGCAUGUUUUUGGAAUAAGAAGAGUCAACAUGAUGCAGUUGAGAUACUUGAAGCCUGUGGUUAUCACCCUGGAAUAGGUAUAAAGGUGUUAAAACAAAAGGCUCUCAUAAGCAUUGUGAAUGGCAAUUUUGAUAUGCAUGACCUACUCCAAGAAAUGGGACACUACAUUGUUAGAGGGGAAGGGGUACAUCCUUACAGUCCUGAAAGUUAUAGCAGACUUUGGAAAGAAGAAGACAUUAAAAACUUGUGUUUACGGGAUGCGUUAAAGGAAAAUUACAAGAUUGAAGCGAUAAAAUAUAAUGGUUAUUUAUAUGAUGGUGGUCAUGAUUUUUCAUCACGCUUCUUUAAGAUUGUUUCAAAGUUGAAGAAAUUAAGGUGGCUUAGGGUGGACAUGCAUACUAGAAUGUUUGAUGGAGAGCCUACUUUUUUAAAUGAGUUGUGUUAUGCUGAUGGGUAUCCCACAAGUUCAUUCCUAAACAGUUACCCGUUAAUGAACCUUAUCAUUCUAAACUUAAGUUGGAGCACGUAUCAAGAAGUUCGGAAGGAAAAUGACACUAGCCGUACACUUGGUCCUUCUUUGUUGCAAGAAAAUGACACGAUUAAAGCCACAACAUAUAAGGAUUUUGAAUCUGUUCUAGAAUUUCCAAGACUAUCAUUAUCGACGCUUCGUUACCUAAAAGUGCAUUAUAGCACGUUAACUGAACUUGGGAAAGGUCGUUGGAAGCAGCUACCAAAUCUAAAAACGCUUCACCUCUCUUCCAUGUGGAAGCUACUCAACACACCAGAUUUUAAUGCACUCCCAUGUCUUGAAAAGCUUAUCAUCUCUCAGUGUGACGAGUUAGUAGAGAUUCACUCAUCACUAGGAAGGCAUGGAAGUCUUAAAUACAUAAGUGUGUCAUAUUGUCCCGAGCUUAGAAUUUUUCCAACAAUCGUCCACAUGGAAAAUCUCAAGACUGUAGAAAUAGGGUAUUGUAAUUUGGAAGAUGGAGACAUACCCUCUGGUAUUGAUAGAUUAUCCAACUUACAAGAACUAAGUCUACGUGGUAAUAAAUUUUCACGGUUAGAUUUCAGCCUCUUGCAACUUACUAGAAUCAAACUCCUCAACAUCUCCGGUUGCGAACAACUUCUUGAAUUGCCUCAGCUUCCGCCAGGUUUAGUUAUUCUUAAAGCAGACAGUUGCAAGUCAGUUACAACCACCGGAGAUUGCCAUAAAAACUGUAAACAGUUACGCCAUGUCUCGCUUAUGGAUGUGAUCAUAAAUGAUGCUGACAGAUUACUAGAAUUCAUGCUUGAGGUAAAGGCUAUUGAGAAUGGAUGCAUGCGUCUUCAACUUGAAGGUGUUGAAAUUGCAAAGGGAUUUACACCUUUGCUUCCAGAGAAAUGGUACGAUGACUUUUGUGGUUUCUUAAUAUGUGCUGUUCUUUAUAGAGGUGAUCACUUGGAUAUUAAUAUAAGAGCGAAGGUGAUGAGUGGUAUGGAUUAUCAAAGUGAUGUGGUUUGGGAGGAAAGGAAUAGCAAUAGUAUGAAGGAGGCAAUUAGGGAAGAGGAAAAUGAUUGUGAUAAGCAUUUGAGGACAUGGGUCACAUAUGUUUCAUUUGGUUCAUUGAGAUAUGCUGCACGGUGGGAUCAAACGUACAAAGCUAUAUCUUUUGAAGUUGAUGCUGAUGGCUGUCAUAGUUUUGGGGUUAGACUAGUCGACAAGAAAAGUAAAGGUGUGUAA